AUGAAGGUGACCUCAAGGUCUAGUAACAGAUUGACCUCGAUUUAUUCUCGAUCUAAAGUUUAUGAUCCCAGUUCCGACGCGAGCGACUUAGAGUCUGAUGAAUCUACGGAAGAAGAAGCAACUAAAACUGAAGAGGCUUACCAAAGCGAAGACGAAGAAAUGGAUGAAUUAGAAGAAUUGUUACAGGAAGAAGAGGAAGAAGAGGAAGAAAAUGAAGUCGAGCAAGAGGAAAAUGAACAAAUCGAAGAUGACGUUGACGUCGAGGCUGAAGAAAUGGACGAUGGCGAAGCGACACCCGUUGACGACGACGAGUUCGACGAAGAGGAAGAAAGUGAGGAGGAAGAAGAACAAAGUGAUUAUGAGGAAGCUCAAUCACGAAAAUCAAGGAGUAGAACGACGCAAAAUAAUCCAUCAAAACCGAAACAAGUUUCAAGUGUGGCGGAGUCAUCACCUACACCCGAAAAUCGUGUUCUUACCAAGAGACAAAGAGCUAAACUAAACGAAAAUUAUGAGCAGGAUUUGCUUCAACUUCCAAUGGAACCUAUGAGAAAGAAACAAUUGACAGAAGAAGAGAUUCAACUCAAAAAGUCGGAAAUCGCGCGGCGUAGGAAAAAUCAGAGCAUUCAACGCGCUGAACAGGAUAAGAUGGACACCAUAAACCGUCUCCUGAAAAAGCAAGCUUCUAAGAAACGAUUAAAGGAUCAGGAUGAUAACGACGUUGUUCAAAAUAAUGAUGAUGGGUCAAGUGCAAACAUACCAAAUGUAUUCCAUUAUGUCACAAAUCAAGAAGGUUGUUCAUUAUCGGUGCCUCGAGGUGUCAACAUACCAAUAGAGUUUUCCAAGGGACCAAAAUACCCACCACCUGUUCCAAUAUGCUCAUUCUCCGGUUGUCAGCUACCUAAAAAGUAUCGUAGUACGAAAACAUUUGAGUUCGCUUGUUCCAUGGAACAUCUCAGGAAGAUUGAUGCUCAAACAUGA